GUCCCUGCGAGGCCAGUGGGGUGAGGGGGAAUCUUUGCGAAACCCCCCAGCCUUUACGAAGCCCCCCAAAGGGGCUACGGGUAAAAAUAAUAAUAAUAAAAAUAUAAUAUAAGACACUGUACACAUAUUCAGCUUGGCACUAUGUACAGAGAAUCAGGGCUUGUGAAUACUGAGCUGACGCUUAAGAGCUAGGAUUGUAUUCAUUUGCUCUUACUUUGCUUUUUGUGAUAAGUGAGUUAAAUGUGAUGUCUUGCUAAUAUGGCUAUUAAUGGUGAGUUUGUCUUUGAAUCAGUGUGAAACCCCUAAUAUUAAGGCCCACUGGGAGUUUCUUGCUCUCUUUCUCUCAUUUUAACUGUCUUUCUGAAAGACUAGAAUAUAUUCCAAGCAGUGACACAGUUUACUCUGCAUAUCCUUUAAUUAUUUACAGAGUAUCUGGGAAAAGUCAAAUUCUCCAUUGAUUUUUAAAACUUAUGUAAUGGUGAUGCUACAAUGCAUAGUAGAGAAUUAGACGGGCACUUCUGUUUAGUUUUCCAAGUACAUCUCCACAUAUUAUUUGGGUAUUUCAUGAGCCCCCACAUACUGAAAUUUGUAGUUUUCCAGCAUUUUUUGGUCUGGCUAAGUCCACUGCUAAAUAGUUUUUGAAAUAUUAAAAGAUUAACGAGCUUGACUUGUAUUUUUCAGCUGAUAUUAUGGUCAAGUUAUCUGAAAGAUGGGUGUCAGAUGCUUGGACAGGGGGCGCAAUUUCAGUGUUUGCCCUAGGCACUAUUUUCCCUAGAUACGCCUCUGCCCUUACUAACUACUGGUUCAGGAAGCUGUGCAUGAAUAAUGUACCGGUCCAUGACUCCAAAAACACUGAGAAACACUGCCCUAGAUAACAGAGAAAAUGCCCUAGAGAGCCUCAGUACUAUUCAGGAUAACCUUCAGGAACAGCUGAAACAUAUUAUUUCACAAAAAUGCUAAGGUGAAUUAUCCUAGUUGGCAUUUGCUUCUACUGAAAUCUUUAAAAGAGAACUAGAAGCCGAUUCUGGGGUUAAUCAGGGAGAAGGGGGGUCCUGAACAGCAGAAAACAAAACGGAGCAAGGAGAAGGGAGAGAUGGGACGAGCUUGGUGUUGUCAACAAAAGUGUUACCUAGCAACUUUGACACAGUCAGGAACAAAGUAAGUAGACUUUUUAUGUACAGAAGUUAAGCUAUUUUGCAGUUUUUCACCACACUGUGCAGCAAAAAGGGACCUCACACUCCCCCCAUGAUUGUGGCAACAAUUUAAAUGAAAGAAGAAAAUGACCUCAGACAUGAAGAUCUCCAGUCCUCAUCUUCAGCAGAUUGUAACUGAAAAUACAGUUACUCAAGACAAAAUGGAGAAGCUGAAAGGUCCAGUUGCCAAUUCUUUCAAAAGCAACAACAUAACCACUCUAGCAGGGAAACUUAAACAUGUGGCCCUGAAUACCCCACUCCGGUUUAGCAUUCAGGCCCCAAGGUCUCAACUGCAGAGCACUGCUCGGUUUGGCAGCCUCAGCCAUCACUCUUUCUUCUCCAGACACAACCCUCACCCUCAUCGAGUGACUCAUAUCCAAGGUCUGAAUGGGGUUCCUGUUUGCAUGGUUAAUGAUGAAUGGUCUGAGCAGACCAUUCUUCCACCUCAUCCAAUGAUAAAAAGUCAUCUUUGUACAUCUGUUUUGGCAGUCCCUGGGGUUCAAAUGCCCAUUGGAGAUCCACAGCCUAUUCCAAUCCCCAUACUGUCAAUAGGCUCUUUGUCAGAUGCAUGGCGAGAAGAACUGAGGGAACUUGCUGCAAAAGUGAGAGCUGCCUCUUCCAUUGAAACAGAGAAAAAGACCACCACGGAGAAGUCUCGGAGACAGACACAAUACUCAGAAGAAACCGGACGUCUCAUUCCUCCUUCCUCCCGAGCUACAACUCGCCAUUCAUCCCGUCAAGUGCAACGGAACAAUGCCAAGAAUAAAGGCAAAGAUGCUACUUUGUCUUUCCAGGACCAAGAACUAAUAAUUUUAGAGCUGCUGUGUCAGAUCCUGCAGACAGACUCCCUGACAGCUAUUCAGCAGUGGCUACUUGCAGCUAGUCAGAAGGAAAAGAAUAUUGUUAUGGGAUUGUUGCAGAUUGCAACUGCCAACCUACAUAUUGCGCCCCAGGAGCUGACCACAAGCAUGGAGGAGAAACUUCCCUCACAGUUGUCUCAAAAUGCCACAGACUUUGCCUCAAGGCAACAUGGAAGAAAUCAUCCAACCAGCCUGUCUGUAUUAAGACAAAAACAAGAACCUAUCCUAGAGGAAGAAAAGCCAGAGAACCUGGAAGCACCAUCUUUGCACCCAGGGAUCCUGUAUCAGUACCGGUACUCACUGGAGAGCCAGCUAAAUUAUCUAUCAAAAUCAUCUUUGAAUGGAAGCAACCUCCAGGCUGAAGCGUUAGUUGAUGUGCACCUCUUAUGGAGAAAUACCAAUGAUGCAGGAGAGCAGCUUCUCCAUGUUCAAAUCCAGGACCUACAAAUCCAGCACAAUCUGGAUCAUAAGAAGAGCCAGACAAUCCACAGUGAUGAUCCAUCUUUAAAGACUUCAAUGAACACCACAGAACUACAGCAGCCACUUUUCCUCCAUUGGAAUAAUGGGAAGGUUGAAGGCAUCUAUGGAGACAAAGCAGGAAACUCCCUAAUGUUGGAGUUGAAACGUGGCCUUGUCAGCCUUUUCCAGUUUCAAACAGAGUCUGGGACAUCAACUGAGGAGGACAUUUCCGGGAGCUGUCAAGUGACUUAUGCAGUCGCCAAGGAUUCUGUUCAGAAGACAAAAGACCUACACAGCUGCAUAAGACCAAAAUUUGGAUUCAGCUCUGUUAACAAAAUUUUUGGAAUCCAGUGGCAACCCACAAGUAAAACCCUUUACUCUGUUGAGGGAAGUCUCAUCAAAUCUGUGUUGUCUGAGGAAAGUCACAUCAUCUCUCUAACCUUGAAGUCUUCUGUUGGGGUCAAUAUCACCUCCAGGCAACAUCUUGAACUUAAGAGCCAAGUUCCUGGAUCAAAAGAAUUACUUGGAAAGAGUCUUCAAGAAGCUCUGGCUACUCUAGUGGAAAAACCGCGGCCUGUUAAUAUAGCCAGUGACCCUUCCAAGAGAGCCUGCACGGAGUGUCCAAUACUCAGAACCUAUUUGAAAACCCUUGCUAAAAGGAAGAGCAAAAUGAACAUCGCCAAGGCAUCAACCACCUGGCACUUUCAGAAAGUUGUCCAGAUGCUGCGUGAUGCCAAGAAGAGGGAUAUUCGACUACUGUUGAAGAAAGCACCAGAGGAUAUGGUUCCCUUCUGUAUUGAAGCAGCAGUAGCUGCUCAGUCAACCGCUUCCUUGAUGACACUUUCUGAAAUUUUGGAUUUUGGGAACAAAAGGCAAACACCCCUGCUGGAGAAAUUCCUCUAUGCUGCCGCAUUUUCCCCUCGGCCUUCAAAGGAACUUUUGCGUCUGGUGCUAGAUAAACUGGAUGGGAAGAAACCAGAUGUGGCCAUCUGGGAAACAGGAAAUAUUGUCAUUGGGAGUCUGGUUGGCAAGUUGUGUCAGAUGAAACUCUGUGGGCAGGAGGAUGUAAGGCGUGGGAUAGACACUGUACUGAAAAGGCUAGAAAGUGCCAAGGAAGACUCAGAGAAGAUCAUUUUCCUGUUGUCCCUGAAAAGCGCUCUGCUUCCUGAAACCAUCCCUACCCUCUUGCGUUAUGCAGAGGAGGGCUCUGCAGCAGUUUCCGCUGCAGCAAUCUCUGCCCUACAGAGAUAUCCUACAGAGCACAUUUCCAGCCAGGUUAAAAUGGCAAUGAAGCGGAUUUUCCACCAAGUUAGGAGAAGCUAUGCAAAAAUUUCAAGAAUAGCUGCUGCAGAAAUCCUGAUGGACAACAACCCCUCACCAAUGGACUUCACCAAUAUCCUUUUGGCCACCAGAAAACUAGAACCAGAAAUGUCAAGAUUUCUACUGUCAAAAAUUCAAGGCAUUAUUCACUCCCAUCACCAUCCAACCAAGCAUGUGAUCAAAGAUGUUCUGAAAGAUCCACAGAUAAAUAAUUAUGACAUCCUCUCAGCCCAAGCUGGCAGCUCCAUCUGCUUUGCAGGACCACUGGCAGUCACUAAUGGCACUCUCUCUACCUUUGGUCUGGAGCUGCUGUUCUCAGAGUUUGGCCUCCUGAGGAAAAGCGUUGCUGAUUUCAGUCUCCAAAGUCAUGGCCACCAACUACAAGCAGCUCAGGUCACUAUCGAAGCAAAAGGAUUUGAGAAUAUACUGGGAGGUAGUGCUGCCAAUGGAGAAGACACAGAAUUGAUGGUUGGCAUGUCUGCUGCUUUGCUUGAUGUCCAGUUGCGGCCGGUUACUUUCUUCCAAGGGUACACAGAUUUAAUGUCCAAGUUCCUUUCCAGCUCUGAAGAGCCCAUAAGUGUGGUUAAAGGAAAUGUGUUACUGAUGGAUCAUCAACAGGCAAUUCCACUUCAGUCUGGUUUGCAAGCUGUGAUUACUCUUCAGGGUGGACUUGGGCUCGAUGUUUCAGCUGGCAUUGAUGUGAAUUUGUGGGAGCAAGAAUUCAAAACAAGCAUUGAAACAAGGGGUGCACUAACCAUUGAUUUCCAAGCAGAAGUGGAUGCCCCAAACUUUCAAGCCACUAUCAGAAGCCAGACAGAAGUAGAGAUGGCUACAAAUUUUAAUACUGCUGCCCGACUUUCCGACAUGCUCAUGUGUUUGCAGCUUACAGAGGAACAAGUCAUUUACGGAGAAGUCUUCUCAGUUUCUGAAUCCUCUGCAAAUAACAACAACACUGCCCGCAAAGGGAGGUGGACUACCAUCCCUGGACGUGAAUUUCUCUUACACAGAGCCAAUUCUGAAAUGUGCAAAAUCCUGCUUGCGGAACAAUAAAUGUAGGAUCCAUUUGUCAUCA